GGUGUGAAAUUUCAAAAGCAGCAAGCGUAUGUUUUGAUGUGGAGCAUGAGGGCAAGGAAUGCUCAAAUUCAAGCUCUGAAUUUCGUUGGGAGAUCUCACCACAACAUUCUCACCCUCAUCACACCCGGAGCCUCAGCCACCCUCAUCGAAACACAACAAUCCCAUGCCCGCAUCGUCAAGACUGGUUUUUCCGGCGACACUCAUGUCGCCAACAAGCUCCUCUCACUCUACGCCCAUCACCACACCUUUGACGACGCAAAUCUCCUCCUUGACUCCCUUUCUGAACCCGACAUCUUCUCUUUCACUCCCCUCAUCUACGCUUCUUCAAAAUCCAGUCUUUUCGAUCAAACGCUGAGGAUAUUUUCCAGGUUGUUGGCUCAGCGCCUUGUUCCUGAUGCCCAUAUUCUCCCCAGUGUCAUCAGGGCCUGUGCGGGACUAUCCGCGCGGAAUGCUGGGCAACAAGUCCAUGGCUAUGUUUUAACUUCUGGGCUUGCAUUGGAUUCUUUCGUCCACUCCUCUCUUGUUCAUAUGUAUGUGAAGUGCAACAACUUGAAAGAUGCGCAUAAAGUAUUCGACACAAUGCCCAGCCCGGAUGUGGUUUCUUGGAGUGCUUUGGCAGCAGGUUAUGCCAAAAACGGGGACGUGGUUAACGCUGGUAAAGUGUUUAGCCAGGCGGGGCGAUUGGGGAUUGAGCGGAAUUCUGUUUCGUGGAAUGGUGUGAUUGCGGGGUUUAAUCAGAGCGGGUCUUUCUUGGAAGCAGUUUCAGUGUUUCAGGAGAUGCAUUGUAGAGGUUUCGUAGCCGAUGGAACAAGCAUUUCUAGUGUUCUUCCAGCUAUUGGUGACUUGGGGGAUCUUAGCAUGGGCAUUCAAGUACAUGGUUGUGUGAUCAAGUUAGGUUUCAAAUCAGAUAUAUGUAUAAUCAGUUCUCUUAUAGACAUGUAUGGGAAGUGUAGUUGUGCACUAGAGAUGUCGAAGGUGUUCGAGGAAAUAGAUCAAAAGGACGUGGGCACUUGCAACGCGAUGGUUGCAGGGCUUUCCCGGAAUGGUCUUGUGGACGAUGCUUUCAAGGUUUUUAAGCAGUGUAGGGAUGAGGGAAUGGAAUUGAACGUCGUUUCGUGGACUUCCAUGAUUGCUUCUUGCUCACAACACGGUAAAGAUGUCGAGGCUUUAGAGCUUUUCAGAGAAAUGCAGAGAGUUGGAAUGGAACCAAACUGUGUAACUAUCCCCUGCUUGCUCCCAGCUUGUGGCAACAUAGCAGCAUUGAUGCAUGGCAAAGCAGCACAUUGCUUCUCCCUUAAACGCGGAUUUGCAGACGAUGUCUAUGUAGCGAGCGCAUUAGUUGAUAUGUAUGCUAAUUGUGGAAGGGUUGAUCUAUCUCGCCUUACUUUCGACAGGAUGCCUACCCGCAAUCUGGUUUCUUGGAAUGCCCUAAUCGGUGGAUAUGCAAUGCAUGGGAAGGCCACAGAAGCGAUCGAGAUCCUUCAUCUGAUGCAAAGCAGUGGACACAAACCUGAUGCGAUUAGUUUCACUAGCAUUUUAUCCGCGUGUAGCCAAGUUGGCCUUAGCGACGAAGGGCAACAUUACUUUGACAUUAUGUCUAAGGAUCACAGAAUCGAAGCCAGACUAGAGCAUUAUGCUUGUAUGGUGAGCCUUCUUGGUCGCGCAGGAAAGCUUGAAGAAGCCUACUCCCUUGUCAAGAAAAUGCCAUUUGAACCAGAUGCUUGUGUCUGGGGAGCAUUAUUGAGUUCUUGUAAAAUCCAUCACAAUUUGAGUUUGGGUGAGGUGGCUGCUAAGAAACUGUUCCAACUUGAACCAACAAAUCCUGGGAACUACAUUCUCUUGUCCAAUAUUUACGCUUCUAAUCGGAGAUGGAAUGAAGUGGACAGAAUCAGGGAUACGAUGAAACAGAUGGGUUUGAGGAAAAAUCCUGGAUGCAGUUGGAUUGAACUUAAGAACAAAGUGCACAUGCUUUUAGCAGGGGAGAAAUCACAUCCCCAGAUGGGCCAAAUCAUGAUAAAGUUAGGCAAGCUGAGCUUGGAAAUGAAGAAGUCAGGUGUUUUGCCCAACACUGAUUUUGUGCUGCAAGAUGUGGAAGAAGAAGAGGAACACAUUUUGUGUGGACACAGUGAGAAGUUGGCUGUAGUUCUUGGAAUUUUGAACACCAGCAGAGGGUCUCCUCUCAGAGUCAUAAAGAAUCUUAGAAUCUGUGGGGACUGCCAUUCCUUCAUGAAAUUCACAUCAAGCUUUGAAGGCAGAGAGAUUUUUGUCAGAGACACAAACCGUUUCCAUCACUUCAAGGAUGGUGCAUGUUCUUGUAUGGAUUAUUGGUGAUUGGAUUCUGUUGUUUACAGAAUUAUCUGUUGCUGGAGACAUUCAAGAUGGAUCAGUGACUGAAUAGGAGUGAUACUUGUCUCCAUUAAUGGCCACACCAUUCACAAGGUUAUCAAUUUUCCAUUAUUCGGAGCAACCCUAAGCAACUUGGUCAGAAUGUUGAUUUGGUAAUCACGUGAUUAUAAGUUCGAGUUCGACUUUUAAAAGUGGUUUAUUGACAUUCUUGGUCUGAGA